CGCGCGCAUGUGCGAUGCCCGGCCGGAGAUGGCCGGCCCGGCCUGGCAAUGGCAUGGCCCCUUGCUGUGCCCGGCCGCCACACGCCGACCUUUUUCUCGCUCCAUCUCCGGGUCGUACUGCACGGACGCGCCGCCCGGCCGUCGUGCGUGUAUAUAUAGCAGUCGUUCCACUCGUAUCGGCUGCCUCGGCGUUCCAUCAGGAAUUCAGGAUUCAUUCAGUUCGAAACAAAGCCAUUCUUUGCCAACGAACAAGGUAGCUAAGCACGGCAUGGCCGGAGCCUGCGCCCGCGCGGCGCUCGCGCUCGCGCUCUGGUGCGCGCUGGCCGCCGCGGCGGCCGGGCAGACCGGCCAGUGGCUCCGGGCGCACGCCACGUUCUACGGCGGCGCCGACGCCUCCGGCACCAUGGGAGGCGCGUGCGGGUACGGGAACCUGUACGCGCAGGGGUACGGCACGCGGACGGCGGCGCUGAGCACGGCGCUGUUCGCCGGCGGCGCGGCGUGCGGGCAGUGCUACAAGCUGGUGUGCGACCGCAAGACGGACCCGACGUGGUGCAAGCCCGGGGUGUCGGUCACCGUCACGGCCACCAACUUCUGCCCGCCCAACUGGAGCAUCCCCAGCGACCGCGGCGGCUGGUGCAACCCGCCGCGGCCGCACUUCGACAUGGCGCAGCCGGCGUGGGAGAAGAUCGGCGUCUACCGCGGCGGCAUCAUCCCCGUCAUCUACCGAAGGGUGUCGUGCGUGAAGAAGGGAGGGGUGCGCUUCGCCAUCAACGGGCACGACUACUUCAACCUGGUGCUGGUGACCAACGUCGCCGGGCCGGGGUCCAUCAGGGCCAUGGACGUGAGGGGGUCCCGGACGCCGGACUGGAUGUCCAUGGCGCGCAACUGGGGAGCCAACUGGCACUCCCUCACCUACCUCAACGGCCAGGGGCUGUCCUUCAGGGUCACCGUCACCGACGGCCAGACCAUCGUCUUCGCCAACGUCGUGCCGCCCAGCUGGAGGUUCGGCCAGUCUUUCGCCAGCAACCUGCAGUUCAGCCUCUGAGAAACUUAUUAUUACCUGCUGCUUGAAUGAAUCGAAUUCAAUCAAGAGAUAUUUUUGUUGAUUGCUUGCGCUUGUUGCUUGUAGAGUAUGCUGUGUGAUGUGUACAUAAAGAGAUUUCAUUACUUAUUUCAUGACGAAGCUAUAUGUUCAAAUUAAUUACUCCGAUUAAUUAAUUUUUA